AUGCCGUCCAAUGGCAGUAAAGCCCUUAAACUACAAUUUGGGCUUAUAAAUCACAAGAAUCGCUAUCUAACGGCAGAGGCCUUCGGCUUCAAAGUCAACGCAUCAGCUCCAAGUCUCAAGAAGAAGCAAAUAUGGACCCUUGAGCAAGAAGACCAGGACUGUCAAGUGGUUUUCCUGCGCAGUCACCUGGGUCGCUACCUGGCCUCCGACAAAGAUGGCAAAGUAAGCUGCGAGGCCGAGACGAAAGAAAACGACUGCCGCUUCCUCAUCGUGGCGCAGUCAGAUGGACGCUGGGCCCUUCAGUCCGAGCCCUACCUGCGAUUCUUUGGCGGUUCAGCGGACUACCUUUCCUGCUUUGCUCAGACCAUUGGUGAAACCGAACUCUGGGCUGUGCACUUGGCCCUUCACCCCCAGGCCAGUCUGCUCAGUGUGGCCCGCAAACGCUAUGCCCACCUUGCAGCCACCGAGGGAGAGAUCGCUGUUGACAGCAACAUCCCAUGGGGCGUGGAUGCUCUUCUAACACUCGUGUUCAUGGAUGGCAAAUACUGUCUAAAGACCAGUGACAGCCGUUUCUUGAGCAAUGAUGGGAAACUUUCCUCUGAAAGUGGCCGUGGGACGGGUUACACCUUGGAACUGAAAUCGGGCAAGUUGGCCUUUAAGGAUUGUGAGGGGAAGUACUUGACCCCAAUGGGGCCCACUGGAACUCUGCGUUCCGGACGAUGCUCUAAACCUGGCAAGGAUGAACUGUUUGAUCUUGAGGAGAGCCAUCCACAAGUGGUGUUUCAGUCCACUAAUAACAGAUUUGUCUCCAUACGACAGGGAGUGAGCGUCUCAGCCAAUCAGGACGAUGAGACCGACAUGGAGACGUUUCAAAUGGAAAUCGACAAGGAUUCGAAAAAGUGCAUGUUUAGAACCAAUGAAGGAAAUUACUGGACGCUUGUCUCUCACGGAGGCAUCCAGUCAACAGCCACAGAAGUCGGUGCCAACACAAUGUUUGACAUAGUGUGGCUCGGUCGAAGGGUGGCACUGCAGGCAAACAACGGAAAAUAUGUUUGCACCAAGAAAAAUGGCCAGCUUUCUGCUGUCAGCGACUCUGCGGGUGAAGAUGAGCAGCUUAUUCUGAAACUGAUCAACAGGCCCAUUCUGAUUCUUAGGGGAGAGAACGGCUACGUGUGUCACCACAAAAACUCCAACACCCUGGACGCCAAUCGUUCAGUUUAUGACAUAUUUACACUGCACUUCAAUGACGGUGCAUACCACAUUAAAGGUGCUUGUGGAAAGUUCUGGUAUGUGUCCAACAGUGGCUUGGUGUGUUCUGAUGGAGACACACCAGAAGAUUUCUACUUUGAAUUCCUGGAGCACGGACGAAUAGCUAUAAGGGGUAAAAAUGAAAAAUACCUCCGUGGGGACCAAGGGGGCAUCCUGAAAGGAGACGGGGAGAUCGCAGACAGCUCUUCUCUCUGGGAAUACUGACACCUUGUGGACAUUUAAGGAACUGUCACUCUGUCACGUGUUGGAUUUACAAUUGUGAAGCAACCAUUUGGUACAUUUGGACAUCUUUGUUUUCCUGUCAGUCAGCAUUUACUGUAGUGUCACUAUUCAGCACAUGGAUUACAUGCUUAUAUAAAAUCCGUUUUUGGAGAAUGUACACACAUUACAAAAGCUGAACAUUUACUGUAUGACACAAAAAGAAUCGUAAGCAAUGUUUUUGUUUAUUGUUGUUUUUUAACCCUUAAUAACUCUUUAUCUGUUUGUCUUACAUCUUAUUAUUUGUUACCCUUGUCAAUGUCAUUUCCAGGAAUGCUUUUUUGUG